GAGAUUCCGUGCUAUCUUCUAUGUAGCAGUUGUGGCACAUGCAGCUACUUCCCCUCUUUUUAAAGAGAAGAAACUGGGAAAAUCUUUGAGAAUAACUUUCACUGACUUCCUGUUUGGGUUCCUGUUUGGUAAAAAUCAUCAGCAGAAACUGUUUCAUUAAAGAAAUAUUAUAAACACGUGCUCUACCCCCCAAUGCUACAAAUCUAACCAUAUGUUCUUAUAAUUUAAGCAUAGAAUAACAGAAUUAAAUUACAAGCACUGAUUUAAGGAAGUUUUCAAAAUGGAACAAGGAUAUCCGUUUAUUGAUGCAACAUGCCAGCUUAUAUUAGGCCUGUCAUGUGGAAACACUGAAGCUUACUGAAGCAUCUAAAGAAAUAAGUGAUUUCUUAGCCAAAACCUCUAAAGGGACAAAACUCAUGUUUUUCAUCAGCAUAUUACUGCAGCUGUCUCUAUCAGCUGCUCUGGCUUCAUGGUCAGUUUCAUACAAACCUCGUUCCAUAUGUGUUUUUGAAAGAUCAUCUGUGGAUUUCACCUGCUCAUUUGAUUAUCCAUCUGUUUACACACUUAAAACUACAAAAUGGUUCAAACCAAAGAAACCUCAGAAACAAGACGGAACACAGCAGGGAAUAUUUGUCCAUCACUCAGAGGUGGCAGAGAUUGACCAACUGUACAAAAACAGAACAGUGUAUGCAAACCAAGACAAAAACUGCUCCUUGCAAUUACACAAUAUCUCCAAAAGUGACAUUGGAAUAUAUUUAUUUCGCUUUGAAACAGAUUAUCGUGGAAAAUAUACUGGACUAGGUGGCAUAAACCUCAAUGUAGCAGUUCUACCUUUUAGAGUAACAGUGACAACGCAAAAGAUGAAUGGACGCAUCCAUGAAGGAGACACUGUGACAUUGAGAUGCAGCACAGAAAACUGUACCCCGGAACAAGGGCCGUUUGCCUGGUUUAAAAACCACCUUCUGCUUCCACAAGCCACUGAGAAUGAGCUCCGAAUCUCUUCUGUCUCUCACAAUGAUUUUGGCAACUACUCCUGUGGUCUGAAGAACAGCAGCCCAAGUUCAGACAAAAUAUUGCUUGAUGUGAGAUAUAGUCCAAAGAAUGUUGAAAUAACCAUUUUGACAUCUGGAAAGAUAGCACAAGGAAACUCACUGACUCUGAUCUGUAAGAGCAAUGCCAAUCCUGCAGUGACAAACUACACUUGGUUUAGGAUCCGAGAUGCGAACAUUUCUUCUAUAGGAUUUGAUUGUGAAUUCUCCAUCAAAGCUGCCAGUCAGAAGGAUGAUGGACAGUACUUCUGCACGGCCAAAAAUGACAUGGGUUCUCAAAACUCUAUGAUCGUAGCACUGAAAGUCGAAGUGCAUGAUCGACAUUUCUUGCUGUCUGCAACAGCUUUGCUUUUCUUUGUAAUAGCUGUACUGUUAGUCCUGUUUGGUCUCAAUAUAAGGAGGAAACAGUUUACACCAAAGAAGCAGCCCACAAAACAGACACCUGCAGUCACUGUCACAGAGGCGAUCUAUGAGAACCUGAGAAAAUCACCAAAGUCUGAAGAAAGCCAUACCAACAACCUGAUAUAUGCAGAUCUAAACCUUCCUUCAUCAACCUCAGACAGACCACGUUCCAACAGUCAAGAGGCCGGCGCCGUGGUCUACAGCCUUCUCAGUUACAAAUAGUGAAUGAAUCUCUGCACUGUGAAUAAUGAGCUUCAGCAAGCACGUGUUGUAGAUAUUUUUCUCUUUUUAUUCAAAAGAAU